AUGGGCCUCGUGUUGAUUGCCAAACGAAACAAGCCGUUGAUCGCGAUGAUGUCUGCGAUACUCUUCACUGCCGCUCUGUAUUUUGCCACGAGGUAUGUUUUAUCUAUUCUAUUCAUGGUAGCAGCAAUACACACCUCUUCAAUGGAUUCUGGCAGUGAAACGGUGCAAUUUUCGUCGCCUCGCGGUAGCUUGACAACUGCUUUCUCUUCCUCGUCUUCUGGAGCGCAACGAAAAAUGUCGGCAAACUCGGAGAGGAGUUUACACACCAGGCCCUUGGCGGAUACUGCUGUCAUCCAUAAGACUCAAUCAUCCAAAAUGAGCACUGGAGCCGGAGAUUCCCCAGUCUAUCAAGCCGUUGAGCGUGGAUCUUUGUACAGCUUGGAUUAUAGAGUAUUCAUUAAGGGACCUCAAGGAAUCGUUUCUCCAUGGCACGACAUUCCAUUGUUCGCUGACAAAGAAAAGUCAGUCUACAACAUGAUUGUUGAAAUUCCUCGCUGGACUAAUGCCAAAAUGGAAAUGGCCACCAAAGAACCAUUCUCACCAAUCAAACAAGACGAGAAGAAAGGAGUUGCCCGUUUCGUUCACAACAUUUUCCCACACAAGGGAUACAUCUGGAACUACGGAGCUCUCCCACAAACCUGGGAAGAUCCAAACCACGUUGUUCCAGACACCGGAGCUAAGGGAGAUAAUGAUCCAAUUGAUGUUAUUGAGAUUGGAUCAAAGGUCGCCGGGCGUGGAGCUGUUCUCCAAGUGAAAGUCCUCGGAACAUUGGCACUGAUUGAUGAGGGAGAGACUGAUUGGAAGUUGGUUGCUAUCGAUGUCAACGACGAGAACGCUGACAAGUUGAAUGAUAUCAACGACGUCGAAAAAAUCUACCCUGGACUUUUGGCGGCCUCCGUUGAAUGGUUCAGAAACUACAAAAUUCCAGCCGGAAAGCCAGCUAACGAAUUCGCUUUCAAUGGAGAAUUCAAAAAUCGCGAGUACGCAGAGAAAGUUAUCGCCGAAACUAACGAGUUCUGGAAGGCUCUGAUGAAGGAAGCCUCUCCAGCUCUUAACACCGUUUCUCGUGUUCCUGAAGCUGUUCAUCAAGCAACAGAUGACUCCGCCGCGGCCGCCAUCGCAGCAACUCCUGAGCAUGGACCGUCCGUUGCUCUUCCAGGAGACGUCGACAAGUGGCAUUUCGUUCAGGGAUGA